CUCACCCAGAAUAUACCAAAGCAAUCGGUCGAUUAAAAACGAAAACGUUCUGCAUUGCGAUAGUGUUUGGAUUUUCUGUAAGAGUUCUUCUAACACAACUGGCAUAAAAGAUCCAUUUUACAACGGUUUAUUAAAUAAAUCACAAGCCAGGCAAUAAGCCAGGAGGCUUGUCACAACAUACGAACAGGAAUACAUCUGUGAUUUACAUCGCGUUGGGAAAAUGCAAAUGGGAACUGUGGCUGUCUUGCUUCUUGUUGGUUUAUCUGUUGUUGAAGGCGUGCUCAUCUCUCCCUGUGGUGACGAUGGGAUGAGAGAAGUGCUGGCUGACCAAGACACUGUCUUCAUCUGCACGGCUGAGGGACGAGUACAGUGGAGAUUACGAUACCAAGGGUCCAGUCGCUCCAAUUUAUUAGCCGAAUGCCAACAUGUUUGUCACGAGAUGAUUAAUUUCAACAAGCUGUUUACUUUCAGUAUAAUUCACCCUCGCCACUCAAGUUCCUUGACCAUCAAAGCUGUGAACCACACAGACUCUGUUGAGUUGAUGAAUCGCAGUCUUGAGUGUACUGUUGGUGAGGCUGGGGCAAUAAAUGUAGCUCGGUGCGAUCUCAACUAUGUGUAUCCCCCAGAGCUCGUAAUAUGCUCAGCUGUAAAUGCAUCAUGGUCCGUGACUGUUUCUUGCAUCAUAGGCAGUGUCUACUCCUCACGUGGACUUUACACCUGCCAGAUUUUUCUGCUAAAGCACGGAUCAAAGAAUGAAAGUUUAGGUACAGUCACAAUGCUCACGUCGCCCACCAGUGAGAACAUAGCGAAAAACGAAAUGAAGAUGACAGGGUCCUGUCAGUUCAACACGACUCUGCCAGCAGAAGAAGGACUCUACAGGUUUUAUGUCUCUGUUUCACCUGGUGGACGAACAUAUCAGGCAAACUUUGCUGCUGAUAUUUGGAUUACAACUGAGCGCCCUACCUUGCCAAUCAUGUCGUGUGCUCCGCAACCCUACGUGCUAGAGAAUACUGAUGUCACCUGUACCUGCAGUGCCGUUAGUUUGGGGCAACCUGCUGCAUGUCUGAGGUGGAUCAGAGGUAACAAGACAAACCAGUGGACAGCUAGCAGUGAAAAGCAACAAAAUCAGGUGUCCUAUUCUCAGCCCUUGACUUUAAAAGAUCAUGAAAAUACCUGGUUCAGGUGUGAUGUAAAGUGGGGAACAGAGGAGAUAAAAGGGGAAAACUUCACUGCCAAUGUGGGGUAUUCUGUUAAAACCUUGAAAAUUUUAAUGAAUGGCGACGAACAAAACAAGACAACAAAGGAAGGACAGCAAGUAAACAUGUCGUGUGAAUCAGACGGUCGACCUACGCCAGAAAUCGCCAUCUAUAGCAACGGCAACAACACCCUUAUCAUUAAAGACACAUCUCCUGUCAACCACACCUUCAUCGCUCGCUGUGAAGACACGGCCACCUACAACUGCUCCGCGUGGAACGAGUUUUCACGUCAGUCAGGGGAGACCACCUCGGCCAUUGUCGACAUUGAUGUCCUGUGUAAGCCGCGAAGUCGUUCUUCUACGCAUCUUCUGGUACACAUUGUAAACCAACAAGGGAAAGUUCAUUUUGAUGUCAUCGCGAAUCCAGUGCCACACGAGUAUCGUGUGGGGUUAGUAAGAUCCUGGAUGGACCAUAGUGAAAGUACCGACGAUAAUGCUGAAGGCUCUUUGAUAAACAUCACCUGCAAGCCCAGUAAAAUGUACCGUUACUUAUUCACUUGCACUCUGACUGUAUCCAAAACUCCUUCCAGGUCAAAUGAUUCGUACAAGGUGCAGCUCAUAAAUAAGGUUGGCGAUGAGAACUUCACCGUCGUAAUAAGCUUUGCUCACCAGGAGGACUUGGAAUCCUACAAUCUUACCCUGCCUGUUGCUGUUGUGUGUGUCGUCGUUUUUAUCUUCUCAAUCGCUGUACUAAUCGUUGUAAUGAGGAAAAUUAAGAAAAGUAAAGAGAGUGAUGCUGUCCUGGAUUCCCUAGAGCCACCCCUAAAAUUUAAUCAACUUCCAGUUCCACUCAAGGUACGCGUCUCCGAAGCUGAGGAAAUCCCCGGCACAUCACAGCCGGAGCCCUGUCAGACACCCCUGUAUGCUGUAGUGAACAAGACAAAGCGAAAGGAAAAUACUCGACCAGCUCACAUCGCUGAACCAGGAGAACAAAUCAAAAAAAUAAACAAGCCGGCAUUGCAAUUCCCACCAGCCUGUGAAGUAGUAUAUGCUGUUGUUGACAAAGCGGGCACCAAAUCUGCUGGUAGGUGUGAUAACGCCAAGUUGGACAAUAAAACUUCGAAAACAAAAUAUGGUAACUAUGUUUCCUGACAUUAAAGCACUUAGAAGACUGCAUUAUCUAGAUAGCAAAAGAUAUGUAGUCUCCAGGCUACUUUAAUAAAUAGAAUGGGGUUCAUUUCUGGUUUGCUUGAUGUACACAACUGUUCUGAGUACUGAAGCUUUAAAGAUUUUAUAUAAUGUUAUCAAUUUUAUUGUGAUAAUUGUGUUGUUAUAAGGUAAACGUUUAUUAAGCUGCAAAGGUACUUAAGGCAUUGCAAAAUUCUUGUAUUCUAUGCUUAUCUGGCUAACCCCUAAGAAAAUUGUAUGUGUGCAGAUCGAAGGAAAGAGGAUUACUUUACAGAAGACUCCAAGAAUAAUAGCGAUGACUUAGGCGAUUACCAGAAUAUUAUCUGCCCACAUUCAGCACAAGAUGAGGAUUAUGUCCAGUUGGAUGCUCGCAGUCCUGCCUCACGUUCUCAUACAGCCGAUGACGGCAGGUGGCUCAACUCGGCAGGACUUCUUUACACCUUCCCCGCCUUUGAUGUCGGCAAUGGUGUGAGGUGUCACCCACCGCCCACACACGAGGAGACAGAGUACUGCACACUUCGCCUGAUGGCAGAUGCUUUCCCUGCCACUGGCAGAAAAUCAAACGAUUAAGACAUAGGCGUGUGUGUGUGCGCGCGCGUAUGAGUGAAUAAUAGACCACCUGAGUGUUAUUAACAAGGGAGAUAACUGUGCAUGAGCUAUAAAUUCAGUCAAAUGAACCAUUAUAUGAAAUCACUUGAGGACCCAAUUUACGUGCAGAUCAGAGGGCUUUUUAAGAUUGUUGCAUCUGAUUUAGUCUUUCGGCAUAAUUGCUAUGAUGCGUUAUAUGACAUUCUUAAUGGUACAUAAAUGACAGACAUGUGAGGCUGUGGAAACUUUUUAUUUAGCUAGGAAGACACUUGAGAAUAUAUUAAACAUGGCAGUGAAUGUUAAGGAAGUUUGAUCCUGUUAUCAUACAACCUCUUAGAAAGACUAAUACCGGCAGUAAUCACCUUGAGCUGACCUGAGCUCAGAGCGGGGAGAUAGGUCACGUGCACAGCUCAGGCCUGAAUUAACGUGGGAGUUUGAUCUUCACUUUCGACAGGUUUUCACUGAAAAUUUCCACAAGAAGAUCUGUGCUGAUGUUGUCCAACAUUUACUCUUCCCCAACAUGAAAUGGAAUUUGUAAUUACUUUAUUUUCCCAUUUCCGCUAGUCUUAUCUGUUAAACUGGAGACUUUGGAGAUUUAGUUAAGAAUAAUUUCACCUCAAAGUUCAUAUAUAUAUAUAUUCAUAUGCUCAUAUAAUUACAUAUGGAGUUUAAAGAAUUGGUCAAUGUAAACAAUCAAAGUAACUUGUCAAGUAUUCAGCAUAGAAUAUAGUUAUUUAUUUACAAGAAGGAAACUUAUCAGUUCUGUUUUACUUGUGCUAUUCAAUGUACACAUGAAGUACAUGAAAGUGGACUUAGUGCUAAGCAGACACUUCUACGUGUCACAAGUGAAUAUCUAAAAGAGAAAUAGAGAAGUGCCAACAGGUUAGUUAUAUUCAAAGAAAAAUAGAAAUGAAAGAGAUUUACUAGAAUGUCAAAAUGUUAAAAGCAUCAUUUACUAUAGAAUAUUACUUGAAAAUGUUGAUGUCUGUUUUCUUACAUUUUUAACAUUGUGAACUUUUCAAAACGACUUCUCAGUGAACAGUAGUUAAAAAGGAAAACAAUUCGAGAUACGAAACUCUUUGUAGACCAUGUGACAGCAAAGGUACUAAAUACUAAUAUUUACUAUCUUUGGUGACAAUAAGGAGGAGAUGAACUAUCAGAUCUUUCAAAACAUCACUGAGGUAAAACCGUUGCACUUACUUAUUAUAUUAACUAUGUUCCGCCUGCAAGUUUCGAAAACUUUUUUCUCUAAACAGGAAGGCAUUGUUAAACCUAGCCAACUUCCUUUCAUAAUACUUCAAAAUGUGUCCUAAAAACCAACCUUCUUUACUGCUAUUGUGUUUUGUUAAUGAUGAUGGUUGAGAUGAUGUUGACACAAAGAAUGUUGAGAAGAGUGAAGGACUGUGUGAGAGAUAGAAGUACAAGAAGAGAGAGCAGUAGAUAAAGAAACGAUGAAUGGCUUAUUGUGUGGCUCCCGAAAGUAACAAGGGCUGAAGGCAAUUCAUCAAUUUACACUUCUGUUUGCAACAAAGACAUGAAGUAAGAACGAAGAACAGAAACUAUACUAAAUUUAAUGAAGUAAAACUUAGAAAUAAAAUGUUUCCUAUAUUUUAAGAGUGCUCUAACAAGGAACCAUAAAGUGGCAUUAAAAUGUCUUA